UCUGGACCAUCCGAACAUUGUUAGCUUCUAUGAGUGGUAUGAGACAAGCAACCACCUCUGGUUGGUGGUGGAGCUCUGUACAGGUGGUUCCCUGGAGUCUAUUAUUGGUAGUGAUGGAUGUCUGUCAGAAGAUGUGGUGAGGAGGUUUGGCUGGGACUUGGUCAAAGGACUGAAACACAUCCAUAAAUUAGGAAUCAUCUUCUCGAACUUGAACCCUGCUAAGAUGGAGAAACACUAGAGGAUUUCUUUACCUCAGUCUCUACAUCUGAGGAGGUCGGGGAAGGAGAUGGCAAGGAUGACUUUAACCACACGAGGGAAACAUUACAUGGUCUGAUUACUUUUUUUCCUUUUUUUCAUCAUAUUAAUUAUUUACAGAUUGCAUGGUUGAAUUGGGACAUGCGAGCCAGUAGAUUAGCCAAGAAGAGUGGCAAAAAGCUUAUACAGUAUAAUAUUCAGGAGGAAGAACAGACAGAGGAAUUAGAGGAAAAUCUAAAACAAAAUUUAGGUUACAUCCAAAACAAGUGGGUGAAUAUUUAGGGCAAGAUGCAAGGAAACUAGACCAAAUGGGAUCAAGUAGCUGUUUCUGAUACAUGGUUAUCAAAUAUAAACUAAAUGCUGAGAAAUUACGGGGAAAUAGAACUGAAUAAGAGCUAAGUCUUCUAAAGUGGUCGACUUUUAAACAUUUGGAUUAUUCUUUACAAUUGUCUUUGUGAUGACAGAGAAUAAAAAAUAUCAUAAUCAUAUACUAUAUUUUGGAUAGAAUUCAUUGUAAAAUACAUGUUGUUCAUGAUAAGGCUGACUGUCUUUUACAGUUUUUGCAUUUCCUAAUGACUGUAUUUCUUGGUAUUUUUAGGUCCUCCAACUUACACAGCUCCUGAGGUUUUACAGGGAUCAGAAACAAAUAUGGGCUCUGAUUUCUGGGCUUUGGGUUGUACACUCUACUACAUGUAUACUGGUAAACCUCCAUUCUAUUCGGAAAGCUUCACAGAAAUGACAGAAAUGAUUUUAUGUCAAGAACCACCACCUCUCAGACAGACAGUGAUUUCAACCAGUCCUCCCAGCGAGGACCUCCAGAGUCUUCUGAAAGGCUUGCUCAAUAAAAACCCAGAUGAGAGGAUGGACUGGCCGGAGUUGUUUGACCACCCUUUCUGGGCACAAGUACUAAUGGAGGAAGAGGGUGGAGAGGGAGAAGAGGACGAGGAGGAGGAGGAAGAAGUGGAUCAGGAGGAAGACAUUAGCUGUGAGGGGGUUGAUUCAACUAGUAUGAGACACACAAGGAUUGGUGACCCUUUCCCUCCAGAACCUGCAGACGAGCUUCCCAGCAGCCAUUCAGUCAUCACCCAGCCAGCCCAUAGGAUCUCUAAGAAACUGAACGCUUUACAGAUCACAACUGCAACCACCUGCAGACCAUCUGACAGAAGAACUGAUUUCCAACAAGCUGUCAGACACACAACCUGUGGAGCUUCAAGGAACAGCAAGGGCUCAGAUACGGAGAUGAGGAAGGAGAGAGGAACUGAGGAGAAGGCAAAGACCGAAGAGGACCCCGAGCUAGCUGGGCAGCCGAAUAAAUCAUUCAUACUUGAUAACGUAUCGGAGCUCAAGCCAAAAAGUGGUUUGGAUGUGGACCACACUGAAGCCAUUUUCCUGCUCAGCUCCAGUGCCACCUCAAGGAGAGGCUGCAGUAUCUCUGACCCUCCCAACCAGACCGCUCCACUUCAGGCAAGUACUGGUACUGACAUCCCAUCCAGUGUGAAAGCUCUUCUUCACACUGACUCUGAUCUGACUGUCACCCAAAUCCUGGACAACCCCAAGAUUCUUAAAAGUCCUCCUGUGCGAUUUGAUCCCAAAAACCUUUGUGUACCAGCUUAUUCAGUCGAGAAGCUGCAGUCCUUGAGUGAGGAAGAGUGGACUGUCCUCCUUUUACAGUUUUGUUCAUCUCUUGAAGAACAGCACCCCUCCACUGCUCCGUCUCCUCAUUCCACAGCCACACGCUCCAGACUCAACCUGCUGUGCUACCUCUGCUGUGUAGUUGGACACAAUGCUAUUGCUAACAGACUGAUAAACUCAAAACUGCUUCCAGUAUUGACUCAGCAUUUACGACAAGCUCCCAACUGGGAUGUACGGAGCAAAGUUCUCAGAGUGAUGGGUCUACUGGCGCUGCACUGCACUGAACUAGGACAGGACAGCCCUGUUUCUGAGGCUGUGUCCACACUGACAGACCUGUUGAGAGAGAACCUGAGGAAUAAUAAAAUAAAGCAGAUCCUGCUGCCGCCACUCGGGGAGAUCAUCUACCUCAUCGCCUCUCAGGAGGAGAAGAGAGACUCCCCAGAGGCACUGUGGUUGGUUCCCGCUGCCGCCUACACUGGCUUAAUGAGGAGCCUGCGGGAAGGGGCUGAUUCCAUAGUUCAUCACAUGGCUGCAAAAGCCAUAGAGAACAUCUCCAGUGCUGUCUCUGGCUCCACCCACCAACUGGCUACCAGCGAGAUGGGCUCCGCCCUGUGGUACCUGUUCACUCACUCCACCGUUGAGGCCGUCAGAGUCACUGCCAUAUCUGCUCUUUCAAGGCUAACCCAGGUGCUCCCAGCAGUCUUCUUGGCAGUGAUUGACACCUGUGGCCCUGCAGCCAUCUUGGAGGGCGUUGGUGGAGCAGGGGCCAGGGUCCAGCAGCACCUGCUCACUGCUAUGGCCACUGCCCUCCUCACCUCACCCAUCCAAACACACCGCGUCACACAGAGCAGGGAUUUGGUGUUGAAGGUGCUACGCUGUCUGGAGAGUCCAUCCACAGUAACAAGAGCCAAAGCCUUACUACUGCUACUGCUACUAAUACAGGAUAACACACAAACGCUUCUGUUCUGCUGUCAGCACAGGCUGGUAAUGCACCUGGAGAGAGACCUGCGCAAAGCCACUCCCCUCAGAGAGAACCCCAGCCAAUCAGGAUAUCUUACCCAGUGUCUGGAUUUACUGAUUGUAUAUCUGGGUAGCACUGCACCACUGAUACUGGAGGAUGUCUUAUGUCCAUUACGAGGUGUGACUGGGAGGAGACACCCAACUACAGCUCAGAGCAAAAAGUUAAAACACACUUUGCCUUCAAUGUCUGUAGUGCUGGAACUUCUUUCAUCACAGGUCUUUCGAUGUCAAAUUGUAACUGAAGAGUUUCUAACUCAAACUGGAUUGCUGCUGAACUAUAUCACCUCCAUAGAGUCCAAUGAAACUAAUCUGGCCAGUUCUUUGGGUGCGGCUGCAUGUGAGGAGCUGAUUAGGACAUCUCUGUCCAUUGUGGAAGUCCUGAGUCAGCACCACGCUCUGAUCACUCCACAUCACUCUGCUGUUGUUGUGGAAGCCAUCCUGCCUCCUCUGACAACACUGGCUUUCUGCAGAAAUGUGGAGUGGUCUGUGUUUGUUUUGAGGGUGCUCUCCGAACUCAGUCUUGUCCUGCUGGUCCAGGGGAGUGAUGGAACAGAAGAAGAUGAGGAGACAGAGAAAAAGAAAAAAGGAGCAGAGGAAACAGGAAAUCAUGCUGAAAGAAGGGAUACUGGAAGCGCCUAUACUCAAAUCUUAGCUCUGGUCACUAAAUCCCUGCUUCCAAGGUACGAGGCUCUUCUUCGAGCAGUAGAGCCUAUCCCACUCUACGCACUCAAACUGCUGGUAUCAAUGACUGAACACAGCACACACAUCUGCAGCUUCAUCAAACACAGUAGGAUCUUACCAGCGGUAUUUCAACUCAUUAUGGCUAACAGUAGUAACGUUUCCAGUGGGAUGGUCCAGAGUGCAGUCGCCCUGCUGUGUAAUCUCAGUGGAGACACAGUCUUAGACCUGGAGCCACUAUAUCAACAAGGCCUGAUAGAGGUGGUGGUGAGCACCUUUCGAGAGGCUGCACUAAUACACCUGGAUGGAGAGGGGAAUGCUGGGAGGAAGGUCAGCCAUCAUGUGUUACAAGCUCUUCUGGAACUCCUUUACAACAUCCUGAAACAAGUGUCUGCUGUUGUCCGCUCCGCACUGCAGAGCCAGAGGCUAUCUUGUCCAGCAUUGGAGAUGGAGGCAGCAGAGAAGCUGCUCCUAGAAAACAGACCCCUGAGCCAACUCAGCACACACCUCAUUCACAUGCUGUCCACUGAAAACCAGGAUGUCUGGGAGGAGGCUCUUCAGUGUCUGUCCCUGCUGGUCCAGCUGUAUGGAGGAGAGGGUUAUGACUGCCUGUCACCUUCCUGUCUGCAAAGCUUUUCACAUAUGCUGCGCACACACAUGCACAGCGAGACCCACCGACUCCAACGCUCAACUCUGAGGAUCAUCAAACGCCUGGUACAGACUACAGAGCAAUCUGAUUGGUCAGAAUGCCCUGAAGGAGCGGGGCUACUUUGUCUUCUGCAGGACAUAACUACGUCCAACAGGUCUCACAUCGAUUUGGCACCACUGGCUGCUGAAAUCCUCCAGGGGAUCACUGGAUCCUGAAAGCAUGUGAGGGUCAAAACGAUCAACAACCAUCCAACAUUUCACCUUCUCAGAACCUGAAACAUACGCAUGAUUGGAAUUCUGCUUUCUAAAUAUCUUCUCAGACUACACUGAUUUCAUUGAUAAUCAGAUAGAGGAUUGAUCUUUAAAACCGUUAUCAGUUUUUGAAUAAAAUGCUUUAGAGUGUAA